UGACGCGCUCGCGCUCGUGGCCGCGCGUACCCCCCUCCCGGCUGUGCUGGUGGCGGCGGCGGCGGCUCGGCCAUGGCGGACCUGAGCGCGGAGCGGCUGUGCUCGCUGCCCGGCAACUGGAGCUACGGGAUCAGCCAGGGCGGUCGCCUCUUCUUCAUCAACGAGGAGGCGAAGAGCACGACCUGGCUGCACCCGCACACCGGAGAGGCCGUGAUCACCGGGCACCGCCGCAGCGCAGACUUACCCACAGGUUGGGAAGAAGCAUAUACUUUUGAAGGUGCAAGAUACUACGUAAAUCAUAAUGAACGGAAAGUGACCUGCAAGCAUCCAGUAACAGGACAGCCAUCACAGGAUAACUGUAUUUUUGUUGUGAAUGAACAGACUGCUGCAACCAUGACAUCUGAAGAAAAGAAAGAACGAACAGUAAGCACAAUAAGUGACGCUUCCAACUACAAUUUGACAUCAGAUUAUGCUGUGCAUCCAGUGAGCCCUGUGGGCAGAACGUCACGGUCUUCAAAGAAGGUUCAUAAUUUUGGAAAGAGAUCAAACUCAAUAAAGAGGAAUCCUAAUGCACCGGUGAUCAGACGGGGGUGGCUUUACAAGCAGGAUAGUACUGGUAUGAAGCUGUGGAAGAAACGAUGGUUUGUGCUUUCUGAUCUGUGCCUCUUCUAUUACAGAGAUGAAAAAGAAGAGGGAAUAUUGGGGAGCAUACUUCUACCUAGUUUUCAGAUAUCGAUGCUUUCUUCUGAGGAUCAUAUUAAUCGCAAAUAUGCUUUUAAGGCAGCUCAUCCAAACAUGAGGACCUAUUAUUUCUGCACAGAUACAGGGAAGGAAAUGGAGCUAUGGAUGAAAGCCAUGAUAGAUGCAGCACUUGUACAGACAGAACCCGUGAAAAGAGUAGAGAAGAUGACUGAAAACACACCACCUCGAGAAGUGAAUAACAUUUCGAACCACAGGGUGUUAAUUAAACCAGAGGCACAGAAUAAUCAAAAAAACAAAGAAGUAAGCAAAAAUGAAGAGAAGGCGGCUUUGGAAGCUGAAAAAUAUGGAUUUCAGAAAAUUGGACAAGAUAAACCCUUAACUAAAAUUAAUAGUGUAAAGCUAAAUUCAGAAUACAGAACCUUACCAGUGAGCGCACUUCAGGCUGGACUCUACAGGCCAGUUCAUUUAAAUGGGUCUGAGAAUAAAGCUGUCAAUAUUGUGGCGGACUCUGGAGAUGGAGGACAGCACAAUGCAGUUCACUCACAUAUGGAGUCUGAACGAGUCAUACAGAGAACUAAUUCAAUGCUUCAGUUGGAGCAGUGGAUUAGAAUUCAGAGAGGAAAGGGGCAAGAUGAGGAAACAAGAGGCAUAAUUUCAUAUCAGACGCUACCAAGAAAUAUGCCAAGCCACCGACCCCAAGUUGCACCCCGUUACCCAGAAGGCUAUAGAACCCUGCCAAGGAACAGCAAAACGAGGCCAGAGAGUGUUUGUAGUGUGACACCAUCAGUUUAUGACAGGACCAUAGGACCAGUAACAGCUGAAGAAAAGCGGAGAUCCAUGCGGGAUGACACAAUGUGGCAACUCUAUGAAUGGCAACAACGUCAAUUUUACAAUAAGCAAACAACUCUUACUCGACAUAGUACUUUAAGUAGUCCAAAAACCAUGAUCAAUAUUUCUGAUCAGGUGAUGCAUUCCAUUUCCACAUCACCUUCCCAUGGUUCCAUAGCUGGUUACCAAGGAUAUUCCCCUCAACGGACAUACAGAUCAGAAGUGUCAUCACCAGUGCAAAGAGCAGAUGUAACAAUUGACCGCAGACAUAGAACGCAUCAUGCUAAGCACGUCUUCAUGCCUGAAAGAAGGUCGAUGCCAGCAGGUCUGACUUUACAGCCUGUUACUCCUCAGAGCCUCCAAGGCAAAACGCCAGAGGAGCUCACGCUGCUGCUAAUAAAGCUGAGACGGCAGCAAGCUGAACUGAGUAGUAUCCGGGAACACACACUAGCACAGCUCAUGCAACUAAAACUUGAGGCCAACAGCCCAAAGAAUGAGAUUCUUUCACAUCACCUUCAAAGGAAUGCCAUAUAUUUGGAUCAUCAGAUGAAAGAGAAUGAACCUUUAAUCACCAUGGUUCACACUAUGAUUGAGAACUCGGCGCUAAGACCACAACUGUACCAGCAAUUGACACAAGAAGAAUGUAGGGGUACACUAUACAAAUAUAGAUCUGAAGAAUUGGAUAUAGAUACUAAGCUUAGCCGAUUAUGUGAACAAGAUAAAGUGGUACAAGCACUGGAAGAGAAACUUCAGCAGCUACACAAGGAGAAAUACACGCUUGAGCAAGCUUUGCUAUCAGCCAGUCAAGAGAUAGAAAUGAAUGCAGAUAACCCAGCUGCCAUACAGAAUGUAGUCUUACAGCGAGAUGACUUACAGAACGGACUGCUUAGCACUUGUCGAGAAGUGUCUCGAGCUACUGCAGAACUGGAAAGAGCAUGGAGGGAGUAUGACAAAUUAGAAUAUGAUGUAACAAUUACAAGGAACCAUAUGCAGGAGCAGCUGGACCGACUUGGGGAAGUUCAGACUGAGUCAGCAGGUAUACAGCGUGCUCAGAUUCAGAAGGAACUUUGGAGAAUUCAAGAUGUCAUGGAAGGUUUGAGUAAACAUAAACAACAAAGAAGCUCUACAGAGGCAGGUAUCAUGGGAUCAAAGGCUUUUUCAGCUAUUAAGUGUAAAAAUGAGGAAGAGGAAGUAGUCCCACCUCGUCCUCCACUCCCUCGGUCCUAUGACUUUACAGAGCAUCCUCCCAUAAUCCCCUCUCUGCCCAGUGAUAGCAGCUCCUUGCUCUGUUAUAGUAGGGGCCCAGUACAUCUGCUGGAAGAAAAGAAGAUUCACCAAGUUCAAGGAUAUCAGAGAAAUGGAUCUUACUGUGGUCCAGAUUAUAGACUUUAUAAGAGUGAGCCAGAGUUAACAACAGUGGCAGAAGUUGAUGAAUCUAAUGGUGAAGAAAAGACAGAACUAGUUUCAGAGUCAGAAACUUCUACAACUAAAGGUUCACAUUUUCCUGUUGGAGUUGUCCCUCCCAGAACCAAAUCACCAACUCCAGAAUCGUCAACAAUAGCCUCUUAUGUCACUUUAAGGAAAAACAAGAAGAUAGAUCUAAGAAUGGAAAGGCCGAGAAGUGCAGUGGAGCAGUUAUGUCUGGCAGAAAACACUCGGCCUCGAAUGACUGUGGAGGAGCAGAUGGAAAGAAUAAAGAGACACCAACAAGCUUGUCUGAGAGAGAAGAAAAAGGGGCUAAAUAUUAUUGGCGUUUCAGAUCUGUCUCCUUCACAGAGCUCAUCCUUUGUUAGGGAUAAUCCAUUUAAGCUGUCUCAGAAUCGAAGAAAGGACGAUAUGGUAUCCAGUAACAUUAAGGAAUUAGAGAAUGCCAUAAGAGAGAAUGAUUUGGAACCAAAUCAUGAAACUCCUGCAGAAGAAAUAACACAACUGAAUGCUAGAUCAGAAGAGCAUAAUGCAAAUUUUACUAAAGAGUUGACAAAAAGUGAUGACCCACUGUUACCAGACACGUGUGUUAUAGCUGAUCCAAAAGAAGGGAAUGCUGAAGGAGGAGUAGAAAAACAAAAGGAAUUGGGAAAAACACAUAAUGUAGAUAUCAGUCUGCAGAACAUGGCCCCAGUUGCAAACCACAAACAUGAAACCAGUCCAAAAGAGAGUGAAGCAGCCAGUGUUCAAGAGCAAGAAGGGAUUAUUUCUUCUUUUGCGUUAGCAGUACAAUCUUCAAGAGAAAAUCAAACAGCAGGAAAAAAUCUGCCCUCUUCACCAGAGUCCCCACCAUCACCAGCUCUAUCAACGCAACCACAGCUCACAGAAGGAUCACAUUUCAUGUGUGUAUAGUCUCAGAGAAAUAGCCACAGUGAGGUCAGAAUCUCCCCAUCAUGCCUAAUCCUAAGAGGUACUUUAUGCAGUGUUUUGGUAAAAUACAGUAACUUGAUCUAUGUCUGUCUUUCAGCUCUUAACAGAUUCUGUUGAAACCAUUCAUGGCCGAGGAGUACGGACCUAUGGAAAUAUAAGAAGAUAUUGUAGAGUAUAUUUUAAAUCUAUGAAAUUCAUAGUUCUGAUGCUUUUGGCCACAGAGCAUCAUUUUAUAACUUCCUGGAAAAUGUUUAUUCCAAGACAGCUUUAAAUGGCCCAUAUGUACACUCAACAGUCUGAAGAUCGUUCUUCCGAUACCAGCCUGCUGCUAUGAUUUCCAUGCACAUAAAGAUUCUUUUUCAUAUGCAGCCUAAAGUCAGAAUCUUAGUUGAUGUUUUACAGAAUUUAAUGUUUUUAAUUAUGCAAUCAUUUAAGUUUGCAUUUUUGCUUCUUUUAGGUACAUAACAGAUCAGUUUCUUUUACAUAUCACCACUAAACCUUGUUUUACAUUUUUUAAAUACUAGUGUAUUUUGACAUUUGAUUUGUAAAAUUUUUAUAUAUAUUUAAAAUGUGCCAUUUUUAUUAUUGCUGAGUAAAGUAUGUCCUGUUUCUGCUGUAAUUAUUUCUUGGUCAGGUUGCAGCAUCAGCAGUUACUGCCACACUGUUAUCACAUAUACAUGAAUAUUUGUGCUUACUUUUUCUUAAACAAAAUGAAGUGUAGGUAUUUUGAGGUACUGGGCUCUUUGUUGGAAUAGGGUGUGUACAGCAAUAAGCAGGCUUUCAAUUCCAGUACUUAGUUUGUGUACAAAUGUAAUUAUGUUCAUUGUGUAUAUAUUAUACAAUGAGCACAUCCAAUGUAAGUAUAAGAAGCCACUUACUAUUGUUCAAAUGCAAAUGUUCAUAUCUCAUUUCUUUUUUAUCAUGUUAAAUAAAUGUUAAUGUUCUUAA